AUGGUGGAUCAGUCUUCAACAUCGUUAUCGCCCGUGUCAUCGGAGUCGCGACCGACAUUACGAGCUGUGCCCUACGAAAAUACCGUCGCCGUUGAACGCCCAGUUGCUAUUAGGUCCGUUUCACUGCCAACCCCAGACGAUGCGCCACCGGACCCCAAUGGCCGAUCCCUCAGCGCCAGCGCCGCCUCGUAUGGCGUUGACAACCGCCCUGCCUCCGCGCGCAGCGCUCGGAAGAAUACAAUAGAGACACUAUCGCCAGGCGGGGACGCGCGAACCCGAAGAUCAAUUGAUGAACGCCCUAGCUCUAAGGCUCCUUCAUUGCGCAGUGUUCCUAGCAUUGUGAUCAAUGAUGCAUCGGCUCGUCCUAGCUCGCGACCGGGGUCUCGACCGGGGUCAAGGUGGUCGGAGCGGAAGUGGGGUGGGCUGAAGAAGAGGUCGUCGGAUUUGGAACACAAGAUGAGCAUGGAAGAGCUGCCGCCAGUGCCUCGGAUUGACUCGGCCUUCAACCCGAUCAGUACGGAUAUUCCAACAGGGUCUCUGGAGGGACUCGGGCAAACAAUGAAGUUCUCCACUCGGGGCAGUCUGAUCAGGGAUCGCACGAAGCGGCCAAUCUUGCAACAGAUGGACCAACAUGCCGAGCAUCACUCCGAGCAAGACUCAGAUAUACCAUCAGAUCAGACCUCAAUCCAACAAUCUAUACAACCAGAGCCCGAAUCAACUACUACGGCCCCGCCUCUUUCAGCAGGGAUCGAUGGGGCGAGUGACGAGAUCCCAAAAGCGACACCGCGGCCCACCAAUCCAGAAGGAACUCUUCGACCGCGACAAACCAGUCUGCAAUGCCGAGCCAUUUCGGCGGACGAGGAUAUGCUAUCUCGUCGAGUGCGGCUGAUGUAUGAGAGGGGCGAAGAUAACGUGACCGACACGGACGUAGCCAAGGCCAUGGCUUCUGAGAAUGGCGUUUUGUGGGAAGAGCCAACAACCCCAGAUGUUGAGACUGCCUCAACGCCAGCUCAUCAUCUUGAGACGCCGCCACCGAAUGCCGCAGCACGGGCCUCUGCCGAAGUGGAGCGCAAGCGAAUGAAGCGGGAAACCCAGGAGCUUGCAGGCGGAAUCGAGUAUUGGCAAAAUGUGGGUGCAGGUCAAGUGGAUCGAUAUGGUUUCAUCCAUGCAACCGAAGAUGGCGAGCCUCACCCUAUUCAACGGGUGACUACAAGUCUCUUGCUCGCUUCUGAAACACCCCGUCGCAAACGCUCUAUUCGCCCGCCAACUGCUCGAGCUAGCAACCGUUCAUUCAAUGGCCGUUCUCCAACCCGUAAUAUGUCCCAGAGCUCUACAGCAGCGCGUCCGUCGUCAUCGGCAAGCACGAACAGUGCACCGAUACGGCGGUCGACGUCUCGUCUACGUUCUGCAACCAAUCGUCUUCCGCACAACAGAGACCGGAAGUUCACUGAUGAGGCAGCCGAUAUGUUGACUCUCCCAACAGAGGAAUCUGGGGAAGGGAAUGAUACGGCAGCAUCACGUGCGAUGCGGAAGAAAGAGUGGGAACGCGAGGAUAAGUGGACCAAGAUGGCCAAACCAAGUAAAAAGAGCCGGGAUGGUGGUGGCAUGAAAUUUGAGUUUGACACACACAGCUCCAAGCUUAUUGAGCGGACUUGGAAGGGUAUCCCAGACCGUUGGCGUGCAUCAGCCUGGUCCUCUUUCCUUGAAGCUAGUGCAAAGCGUCACCCAAAUAGUCCAACCGAAGAAGAGCUUGUGGAAGCUUUCCACGAAAGCCAGUACGUCUCGUCACCGGAUGAUGUGCAGAUUGACAUUGAUGUGCCGCGUACUAUCACGAGUCACAUUAUGUUCCGUCGACGGUAUCGCGGUGGACAACGUUUAUUGUUCCGCGUUCUCCAUGCUAUGUCACUUUAUUACCCUGACACCGGCUAUGUACAAGGUAUGGCCGCUUUGGCAGCUACAUUAUUGGCCUACUACGACGAAGAACAUGCGUUUGUGAUGUUGGCUCGCUUAUGGCAACUUCGUGGCCUAGAACAAUUGUACAAAUCCGGAUUUGCAGGUCUCAUGGAAGCCUUGGAAGACUUUGAACGAGAGUGGCUGGCCGGCGGUGAGGUGGCCACACAAUUGAAUGAGGUCGGGAUUCCCCCAACAGCCUAUGGUACCCGCUGGUACCUGACACUUUUUAAUUACUCUAUUCCAUUCCCUGCUCAGCUUAGAGUGUGGGAUGUCUUCAUGCUCCUUGGGGAUGCCGAAGAACCUCCAGGACCCUCCCGACCGAACACUUCAUCAGGUAGAGGGUCCAAGAAGGAGCAGCCUCCAUCACUAAACCUCGGCACAUUUGGACAAGGCCUUGACGUGCUCCACGCCACAUCUGCCGCCUUAAUCGAUGGCAUGCGAGAUAUCAUUUUGGAGUCUGAUUUCGAAAACAUCAUGAAAGUACUUACCAGUUGGGUUCCAAUCAAAGAUAUCGAAAUGUUCAUGCGUGUCGCCAAAGCCGAAUACAAGGUCCACCGACGCAAGAAACCCCACUGA